CGUGUUUUGGAGCCGGACGUCAUGACGUCAUGCAGGCGUGAUGUUGUGCUGUAGGACAUGUGAACACUUUCAGUAUUUCUGUGCUGGGUUUAUUUAGAAAUGGGCUGACAUUGCUUCACUAUGUUUCAGUCUGAAGCUCGGAGGGAAACAUUCAGACAUUAAAGUUCCUCGUUAGAGCCUGCAGGACGUUAAAGCAGGAUGAUCUGGGGGAGGUAUAUAUUAACUGCUGGGCUCCGGUGCUGCAGAUGCAGAGUGAGCUCUCAUGUAAAGAGGUGCUACAGCUUUCUCCCAGAUGAUGUCAAAUCAUUGCGGGCUGUGGUCAAUCCUGAUAUAUCCAAGAUCCGAAAUAUCGGCAUCAUGGCCCACAUCGACGCGGGAAAGACAACAACCACUGAAAGGAUGCUUUAUUACUCUGGCUAUACGAGAGCACUAGGAGAUGUGGACGAUGGGGAUACAGUGACAGAUUUCAUGGCUCAAGAGAGGGAGCGUGGCAUCACCAUACAGUCGGCUGCAGUCACAUUUGAUUGGAAAAGUUAUAGAAUAAACCUUAUAGACACCCCAGGACACGUUGACUUCACUCUGGAGGUAGAGCGGGCGCUUCGUGUUCUUGACGGGGCCGUUGCCGUGUUUGAUGCCUCUGCCGGCGUCGAGGCUCAGACUCUGACCGUGUGGAGACAAGCAGAGAAGCACCACGUUCCCUGUGUUUGUUUCCUGAAUAAGAUGGACAAGCCCGGAGCAAACUUAAAUUUUUCCAUUGAGAGCAUAAAACAGAAGUUGAAAGCCAAUCCCGUCCUCCUGCAGAUUCCUGUCGGCACUGGCAAAAACUUCUCCGGUGUGGUUGACUUGUUAACCAACCAGAAGCUGAUAUGGAAGUUAAGAUCUUCAGGAGACGAUGGACGGAUGUUUGAAAGCAAACCUCUUGACCAGUCGCAUGAGCCGGAACUUCUGCAGGAGGUGAACGAGGCCAGGGCGGCUUUAAUUGAGCAGGUUGCCGAUCUGGACGACGAGUUUGCUGAACUGCUGCUGACCAAUUUCAGUGACAAUUUUGAUGCCGUUCCCGCCAUCAAACUGCAGGAGGCUGUGCGACGGUUGACUCUGGCCCGUAAAGGCGUCCCGGUUCUCUGUGGCAGCUCUUUGAGAAAUAAAGGUGUUCAGCCUCUUUUAGAUGCCAUCACUGCCUACCUGCCUGCCCCGAAUGAACGGCACCAUGACCUGGUGCGGUGGUACAAGGAUGACUUGUGUGCUCUGGCCUUCAAGGUUGUCCACGACAAGCAACGUGGUCCUUUGGUAUUUGUUAGGAUUUACUCAGGCACUCUUAAACCACAGACUGCUGUCCACAACAUCAACAGGAACAGCACCGAGAGGAUGAGCAGACUGCUGGUGCCGUUUGCUGAUCAGCUUGUAGAAAUCCCCUCCAUGACGGCGGGAAACAUCGCUCUGACUGUGGGACUGAAGCAGACCAUCACAGGUGACACCAUCGCCUCAUCGAAGGCUUCAGCAGCAGCUGCAGCCCGCCGAGCCCACAAUGAUGGUGGACUAGGAAAGAAGCGAGGAGAGGAUGUGAGCGUGGUCCUCUCAGGGGUUGAGGUCCCUGAUCCAGUUUUCUUCUGCACCAUAGAACCACCAACCAUGGCCAAGCAGGCUGAUCUUGAAAAUGCACUUACCUGCCUCCAGAGAGAAGACCCCAGUCUUAAAGUCAGGGUUGACCCUGAUUCUGGCCAGACUAUUUUGUGUGGCAUGGGAGAGCUGCACAUCGAGAUAAUCCACGAUCGAAUCAGAAGAGAGUAUGGCAUCGAGACUCACCUUGGACCACUACAGGUGGCUUACAGGGAGACUAUUCUCCAUGAGGUCUCUACUACAGAUACGCUGGACCGUACUGUUGGGGAGAGACGACAUGUUGCGACAGUGGAGCUGGCCGUCAGACCUGUGGACAUCUUCUCUUCAGGUGGUUCGUGUGAAUUCGCUUUCACAGAGGAACUGGGGGUACAGCUAGCAGCAGAAAUGAAAGAGGCAGUAGAGAACGGUGUACACAGCUCAUAUCUUCAAGGUCCAUUGCUAGGAUAUCCUUUACUGGGUGUGUCCACACUGAUCCGAAGUGUCAACAUGGAACCAGGGACGUCUCCUGCUAUGGUGUCCGCCUGUGUGUCCCGCUGCAUGCUUAAGGCCCUAAGGCUAGCAGGUGGUCAGGUCCUGGAGCCGGUGAUGUCACUGGAGGUGACUGUCGGGGAGGAGCACCUUAGCUCCGUGCUGGGGGACUUAGCCCAAAGACGAGGAACAGUUCGAGAUAUCCAGAGUCGCCACGACAACAAGGUGCUGCUAGCAGCUGUGCCCCUUGCAGAGACGAUGGGCUAUUCCACCGUCCUGCGAACGCUGACAUCCGGCAAUGCCACCUUCUCUCUGGAGCUGGACACCUAUGAGACCAUGAACCCUCAGGACCAGAACACCUUACUUAAAAAACUGUCUGGUUUACUGUGACCCCCCCCCAGUUUUUAACAACGUGCAACAGUUCAGCAAUGGGA